AUGGUGGAACGCACACCAAGCAAACGUAUACGAAAUAUGACAGACAUGUCACAAUUCAAAGUUUCACGUGCACGUGGUUUGUUGAUCGACUUCAUACAGCAGGGAGUUAGCGAUUCCUUGGCGAAACCGACGAACACUGAUGAGUAUAAGAAGCGACAGGAUGAGAGGAUUGAGAGAUCGAAAGAAUUCUUCCGUGAUCUUGAAGAAAGCGUCACAAAAUUCGAGCAAACGGCUACUAGUGUGCGUUUUGGCGAUCCAAGUUUCCGUAGGUGGUUGGAGGAAGUUCAACGCCGCAGCGCAGAUUUCGUUGACGAUAUAGUAUCUGAUGAACGAAAGGAUAUUUACAUCAAGAGUGACCUCAAGAUAUAUCUACAAAAUAGUUUUGGUGAUGGGGCACGUUUAGACUACGGAACAGGACAUGAGCUCAAUUUUGUCGCUUUUCUGUGCUGUCUCGAAGCUCAUAAAAUUUUCACCAUCGAUCAAAGAACGAACGUCAUCCAUAGUAUCUUCAAGCAUUAUAUCGCAGUCACUCGUACAAUUCAACAACAUUUUCGGCUUGAACCAGCAGGUUCACACGGUGCGUGGGGUCUUGAUGACUACUGUUUUCUGCCUUUUUUAUGGGGAGCAGCCGAGCUACGAUGUGGAAAUUCUACGCCAAGAAUUAUUCUUGAGCACGAGGCUUUUUCACAGGGUGGACUAUUUUUGGACAGUUGCGCACAUGUGAGGAUGUUGAAAGCAGGUCCUUUGCAGCGUGUAUCGCCAUUCCUCGCGAGUCUAAGUGACGUGCGGUCGUGGACGAAAGUCACUGAGGGGCUACUAAAAAUGUAUUGUGUUGAGUGCUUGGAUAAAUUUCAAGUCAUGCAGCACUUUCAUUUCGGAACAACUCUUUCAUUCGAAUGA